AUGUUCUGGUCAGCUGAAACAACAACAAACAACAUCUCCAUGGUCUGGUCAGCUGACAACAACUCCAUGGUCUGGUCGGCUGACAACAACUCCAUGGUCUGGUCAGCUGAGACAACAACUCCAUGGUCUGGUCAGCUGACAACAACUCCAUGGUCUGGUCAGCUGAGACAACAACUCCAUGGUCUGGUCAGAAAAGCAACAACAAACAACAACUCCAUGGUCUGGUCAGCUGAAACAACAACAAACAACAACUCCAUGGUCUGGUCAGCAAAAACAACAACAAACAACAACUCCAUGGUCUGGUCAGCAAAAACAACAGCAAACAACAACUCCAUGGUCUGGUCAGCUGAAACAACAACAAUCAACAGCUCCAUGGUCUGGUCAGCUGAAACAACAACAAACAACAACUCCAUGGUCUGGUCAGCUGAAACAACAACUCCAUGGUCUGGUCAGCAAAAACAACAGCAAACAACAACUUCAAGGUCUGGUCAGCUGAAACAACAACAAACAACAACUCCAUGGUCUGGUCAUCUGAAACAACAGCUCCAUGGUCUGGUCAACAAAAACAACAACAAACAACUCCAUGGUCUGGUCAGCAAAAUCAACAGCAAACAACAACUCCAUGGUCUGGUCAGCAAAAACAACAGCAAACAACAACUCCAUGGUCUGGUCAGCUGA